UGAAGCGUUUUAGCACGAUAACAGAGACGCGGUGUGAAGUUAGAGGUCACCUAGUGAACUGCUGUACGGACACUUGAGACAGACUGAUGCUUUAACCAGCCAGCGCGCGGAGAGACGUCGCUGACCGGGUUUUUCUGUCACUUCCAAGCCGAAAAUCCCUGCAUCUAGUCGCCAGGUGAGGUACGGAGCAGAGCCAUGGCGGGGGACGGUUCGGACCAGCGAGCCCUGCAGUAUGAACAAACUUUGAUGUAUGGGCGUUACACCCAGGAACUCGGGGUAACCGCCAAACAGGAGGCGGCCCGGCUGAGGGAGAGCGGGCAGGGGCGGUCUAUCAGUGAGCGCAGCCGGAUCCUGGACUCUCUGAAGAACGACAAAGGACGCUGCGCCAAGUGCCGCAGGUCAGGGUAUCCGUAUGUUCUGGAGGCCCCAGCCCAGGAUUUUAUCUCUGUUUGCACAGUUCGCUGCCAAAAAUUCCUGAUCUCACUAGUCAGAGAGGACUGGAUUGUCCUGAUUCUGCUUGGACUGGUCACAGGCCUCCUCAGCUGGGGGGUAGACAUCUGCAUCUCUAUCUUCCUACGAGCACAGAAGUGGAUGUAUGAUAGUCUGGACAGUAACGUGUUCCUGCAGUACCUGGUCUGGGUCACCUGCCCUAUGGUUCUUAUCACCUUCUCUGCCGGCUUCACUCAGGUCCUCGCUCCCCAGGCUGUUGGUUCAGGCAUUCCCGAGAUGAAGACCAUCCUGCGAGGAGUGGUGCUGAAGGAGUUCCUCACUUUCAAAACGUUUGUGGCCAAAAUCAUCGGGCUCAUCUGCGCCCUGGGCAGUAGCAUGCCUCUGGGCAAAGAGAGUCCCUUUGUGCACAUUGCCAGUUUGUGUGCUGCUCUGCUCAGCAAGUUUAUGUCUCUGUUUGGAGGAAACUAUGAGAAUGAGUCAAGGAAGACUGAGAUGCUGGUGGCAGCCUGUGCAGUGGGACUGGCCUGCUGCUUUGCUGCCCCUGUAGGAGGUGUGUUGUUCAGUAUUGAAGUAACAGUCACAUUCUUUGCUGUGCGGAACUACUGGAGAGGGUUCUUGGCAGCUACUAUCAGUGCCUUCAUCUUCAGAUUGAUGCCUGUCUGGAACAGAGACGAAGACACCAUCACGGCACUUUUACAAACCAGUUUCCGUUUGCAUCUUCCCUUUAACCUUAAGGAGCUUCCUGCCUUCGCUGUCCUUGGUAUUGCCAGUGGAUUAAUUGGUGCUUUGUUCGUCUACCUGAACCGACUGAUUGUCCAGUCCAUCAAGAAACAAAAUACCAUCAACAAAUUCCUCAUGAAGAACCGACUGCUUUAUCCAGCACUGGUCACUUUACUGGUUUCAACACUGACAUUUCCACCUGGAUUUGGGCAGUUUAUGGCUGGAAAGUUGAGUCAGGAGGAGUCUCUGAGGACUUUAUUUGACAACCGGACGUGGACAAAGCAGGGAAUUGCUGAGGAAUUUGACUACAUUGGAACCGCCCAAGCCUGGAUACACCCACAAGUCAGCGUCUUCGUCACACUGGUCCUCUUCGUCAUCAUGAAGUUUUGGAUGACUGCCUUGGCCAUCACCAUGCCUGUGCCCUGUGGAGCUUUCGUGCCUAUAAUUGUCAUUGGAGCAGCUUUUGGUCGUCUGGUUGGAGAAUGCAUGGCAGCCUUGUUCCCAGAUGGCAUUCACUCUGAUGAGUCCAUCUAUCUCAUAAUGCCAGGAGCCUAUGCUGUUGCGGGUGCUGCAGCCUUGUCAGGAGCGGUCACCCACACCGUUUCAACUUCAGUCAUUGUGUGUGAGCUGACUGGUCAGAUCUCCCACAUCCUGCCGAUGAUAAUAGCUGUUUUACUGGCCAAUGCUGUAGCUCAAUCUUUGCAGCCGUCGUACUACGACUCUCAAAUCAGGAUCAAGAAGCUGCCCUACCUCCCAGAUCUGGGCUGGGGUCAUCAUGAGAAAUACAACAUCCGUGUGGAGGACAUUAUGGAGAGGGAUGUACGGUACAUCACACUCAACUGCUGCUACAGAGACCUACACAGCGUCCUGAUGUUGGGACAUCUCAAGACUCUGGCUUUAGUGGAAUCUGCUGAGUCAAUGAUCCUGUUGGGCUCCAUAGAGCGUGCCCAGCUGCAGUCGCUGCUCUCCCAACAGCUCAGUCGCAGCAGACGGAUGGAAUACAUCAGGGAACGAGCUGCAGCAGAGAAAAAAUGCCUGUCUGAUGUGUCAAACAGCGAUAGUGAGGAUGGGCGCCAGCGGGCCAGCCAGGAGGUCCGCUUGCAGAUUUCUACUGAGGAGUCCACCGUCAGUCCAACUCGUCCAGCUAGUCAGAAGCCUCUGAAACCUGCACUGAAAAGACCGUCUGUUGUGGAGAGACCCACUGAGCUUCCCACAAGCCCACAGGACCAUUCCGGCAUAGCGUUGAAGAGCCUGUUCUGCUCCAGUCCAGACGUAGAAGCUCUAGAGGAUGAUGGAGAUGUGAAAGACGGCAUGACACUUCGUGAGAUUGCAGAGUGGGAGGAGAGGCAGCUUGAUGAGCAAGUCGACUUCAACAACUGCAAGAUUGACCCCGCCCCAUUUCAACUGGUGGAGCGCACUUUGCUGUAUAAGACUCACACCAUUUUCUCCCUGCUGGGCCUCGACCACGCCUACGUCACCAGCAUCGGCCGUCUCAUCGGGGUGGUUUCCUUCAAGGAGCUACGCAAAGCCAUUGAGGGCUCUGUGACAGUAAAAGGCGUGAAGGUGCGUCGACCUCUGGCCAACUUAAGGAACAGUGGGACCAGGAAGACGGAGGCGACAGAGCUCCAUAAGCUGUGGGACCGUCACAGGAGCGUGUCGCUGCCAGAAGAACAACCCACAUCGGAGUCCGACGAGAAGUCCCAGUGAGGGAAAGCCGAGGACAAACAGGAAGAAGAGGUGCAGGUGGGGGAAGAGGAGGUGGAGGAUGCAUUGAGAUCUUUUAAUCUCCAAAGAUACAAACUCCUCAGGGCUACAGAUCAUUAUUUAAAUAUAGAAAGUUCUCCUAUGCCAUUCUCCCUUCUCUCCACAUCUGCCACUCUACCUCCUCCAACACCACCUCCUCGGCUUCUUUACUCACCCAGUGCUUCUUCCAGGAGCCUUGCAGUGGCCCAGCCAGUCACUCCACAGGAAGUGUCGGGCUCUCCAUUUACCCUUGGGGUCCCACAGUGUAUCGUGUUUGUCACCUCCAAAGCUGGGACUGAGUUUUUAAAAAGGGAUUUUUUUGUAGAUUUUAUUUUAUUUAUUUUUUUUGCUUGUGUUUAGAGUUGGAAUCAAGGUUUGAAGAUGCAAAAUAUGUCAAGCAAGUCUUCCAUAUGAGUCCUGAAAUUCAACCAGGAAGAAUACUGUAAUGUUUGUGUGUACUGGGAGUGUGAAUGUAUGAAAGGAGAAAAAUAUGUGCAUGAAAAGAAGGGCAGCAUAGACUCUGUCAUAUAGGAUUUUUAUUUUACUGCCUUUAGAACAAAUUUCAGUCUUUAUUGUCCUCUGUGACGAGGUUCAGUCUUGAUAAAUCAGGAGGUCUGGAAGAAUCAGUUUGUCCCACUACCAAGCACUGAACUGAUAAAGGGACAGAUGCUGAAGUAGUUUGUUGUUUAUGUCUUUUCCUGUGCAUGCUCACCCCUCUACUGCGAGUCCUAGCGAUUAGGCCGAGUGCAGCCAGGCCUGUUGGCACCAUAAUGUACACUCCCUUUAUUCUGUAGCUCUGGCCUCAAGUGACGUGAGGCUGAAAUGCACACAAACACUUUGCAGCAGUGCACUCUGAUGGUGGAUGUUCUCUGCUUAUUUAAAUCUGACUCUCAGAGUUUCUGAGAGGGUUAGGGAAGAUGAGGAGGACCAGAAGGAGGAAGGACAGGAAUCAAAUGGUUUCUAGAAGAAAAAAAGCAGCUCUGGAUGCUCAUCAAUCUGAAUUUAAUCGCUGUGUGAGCUGUUAUUAUAUCAUCUGAGACACUACACAAACCGCACUUAUAUAAUGGUACAAGAUGCUUAUAAAAUAUUUAAAACCACUGACCGAAAUCUAUAACAAACCAACAGGGAGUGAUUUAACUUGUUCAGUUGGACAAAAAUAACUAGAGUUUAGCUGCUGCAUUAUUGUUAGACUAUUGUUAGCAUGAAUGUGUAACAGCACUGUGUUUUCUGAUUCCUGACAUGACAGAUAACACUAAAUACCUUACAGUUAAUAAUUCAUGUUUUCUAUAGUUUCUUGUGUUCAUUAAGAGAAAAACAUUUCUUCCAGUUUCUCCCUCCUGUCCUAAACAUCCUAAACGCAUGCUUUAGGACCAGGCUAAGAUUUUUGCCACCAUUCUGUUGCCUUAUAAAAACACUCCCACCCUCCCAAUGUCUUCAGCGGUUUUAAAUAGAUUUUUAGCAUCUUUUCUUGUUUGGUUCUGCAUAAUAGGAAGUGUCUGCAGUGACAAAGCAUGGCUUUGCAUGAGAGAAAGCAUGUGGCAUUUAUUUUAUAUGAUCAAAACGCACCAAAAGCAACGCAGUCUAUUGACCGGAUGAAUGAUAUCUUGGAUUUGCCAUCCUGUGCCUGUAUUUUCUGCCAUUCUGCUGCGUCUCCCUCUUAUCCAGUAAUCUUUAUUCAUUACCUGAUUUAUAACCAGGUAUUGGGGUCUUUGUGGGCUCAGAAACUUACAGAUUAAUAUAUUUAAUAUCAUUCUUGUAAUCUGAAAUCAUGAUUUUGUGUCUUAACCAAUCUCCCUUGUUGAUUCGUCUCUCUUUUUGUUUCUGGGUAGAUUUUUCAAGUUUCGUAUUUAUCUUUUUGGUGUUUUUUAAAAUGAUUUAAGAGCUAUUUUUGUAUAUUUAACAUGCUGUCUGAAACAUUUCUACAGUCGAGAUUUAUUCGUGAAGUGCAAAUACACUAACAGGGUGAUGGCUUGCGAUGUGUGUCUGACGGCAAACUGAAGAACCAGAAUAAUGAAGUUAAAGGAAUGAACUUGCUCAUUCCACAAGUGCCUCCUUCUCUUUUAUCAGUGGGAAUAAAACAGUGCUUCGCUCCUCAUAGACAUGUAGACCAGGCACUUCUCGCACUCAUUCCAAAAUAUGUAAGUGGCUUGAUGGUGUUUCACGGUAGUGUGGAGUCGCUGCCAUGGCAACUGUGGUGUCUGCUCACCCCAGGGGGAGCUGAAAGCUCUCCUCUCAUUUGGUUCUGUUCAUUUGUUUGCGCCUUUUCAUCGAUUCUCAUUGUUCUGCCGGGUCUUUUCACCUCGCCGCAGACAUCUCAUCUCAUCUGCUGCAGAGAGAGGUCGCUUGCUCUUUAUCAGCCUGCAUUAAUCACAAGUUGUACAUUUUCUUUUUAUUGAUGUAUCUGCUUGUGGGUAAUUGAUUUGUGCAAUAACAGUAGUUCAUCUCAUUUUCUAGACCUGUUUUAAUUGAUGACAGGUUUCCCAGAAGCCUCUGGAAAUUAAAAUUCACAUUGCAACUGUAAUCUGCACUCUUGGUGUCUCAGUUGGGCUUUUUGGAAACCUUAUCUGGAAGACUGUGUGGCGUAGCUGCUCCUCUCAUCCGAGCCUCCCCAGGCACACAGUCAGUUUUAUCAUGCUUCCUUCCAUCCUCUCCUUCAGUCAGUGGCUUUGAUGAGCCCAGAUCUUUUUUCCACUCCUUACGGGACUGUGCAUUACAGCAAGCCAUGAGGUCCAAACCAGAGCGAGAGAGAGGGGAGUAAAAUCCCAGAGUUAAUUUUCACAUCAAAAAUUAAAACAUUGUU